CUUUGACAACUGUACGUGCACUAACAACAAUAGUAACAAAAUAGCGUGCACUGCUCUAAUUGUCACAGUCAAACAGUUAAAAUUUUCCAGAAAAAGCGAUAAGUUUGAUCAAUAAAAUCAGAACCCGCCUAGAAAUCGAGAUAGUCUAUAAGUUUCAGUCUAUAUGAAGAUCGAGGAAGUAAAAAGUACUGUGCGCACUCAGCGCAUUGCCGCACAUAGUCAUGUGAAGGGCUUGGGCCUCGAUGAGAAUGGUGUACCGUUGCCCAUAGCAGCCGGUUUGGUUGGCCAAAAGGGUGCACGUGAGGCUGCCGGAAUUGCUUUGGAUCUUAUAAAAUCAAAGAAAAUGGCCGGACGUGCAUUGCUGCUAGCCGGCCCACCAGGCACAGGCAAGACGGCAAUAGCGCUUGCCAUAGCACAAGAACUGGGUAAUAAAGUACCCUUCUGCCCAAUGGUGGGAUCUGAGGUUUUCAGCAGCGAAAUCAAAAAAACCGAGGUGUUAAUGGAGAAUUUCCGACGUUCAAUAGGUUUGCGUAUACGUGAAACAAAGGAGGUGUAUGAGGGUGAAGUUACGGAAUUGACACCGGUCGAAACCGAGAAUCCAAUGGGCGGUUAUGGCAAAACUAUUAGCAAUGUGGUUAUUGGUUUGAAAACAGCUAAAGGUACAAAGCAAUUGAAACUCGACCCAAGCAUUUUUGAGUCGCUACAGAAGGAAAAAGUCGAGGUCGGCGAUGUGAUUUAUAUUGAAGCGAACAGCGGUGCAGUGAAGCGGCAGGGACGCAGCGACACUUUUGCCACAGAAUUCGAUUUGGAAACUGAAGAAUAUGUACCUUUACCAAAGGGGGAUGUACAUAAAAAGAAGGAAGUUAUACAGGAUGUCACAUUACACGAUUUGGAUGUGGCAAACGCGCGGCCACAAGGCGGACAAGAUGUGCUCUCAAUGAUGGGACAAUUGAUGAAGCCAAAGAAGACAGAAAUCACAGACAAAUUGCGUAUGGAGAUUAACAAAGUCGUUAACAAGUAUAUCGAUCAGGGUAUUGCCGAACUUGUGCCGGGCGUGCUCUUUAUUGACGAAAUACACAUGCUUGACUUGGAAACAUUCACAUACUUGCAUAAAUCACUCGAAUCGCCGAUUGCGCCAAUCGUCAUAUUUGCUACGAAUCGCGGACGUUGUGUAAUACGUGGCACAACUGAUAUCGUAUCGCCACAUGGCAUACCAUUGGAUUUGCUGGACCGUCUGCUGAUCAUACGCACAUUGCCAUACUCCUCCACGGAAAUGGAGCAAAUUAUCAAACUACGCGCGCAAACUGAAGGCCUCCAGUUGGAGGAGACGGCAUUUAGCCGUCUCAGCGAAAUCGGCAGCACAUCGACGUUGCGCUAUGCUGUGCAACUGCUGACGCCGGCCCAUCAAAUGACCAAGGUGAACGGAAGGACACAAAUUACAAAGGAGGACAUUGACGAUGUCCACUCGCUGUUUCUUGAUGCAAAACGUUCUUCAAAACAUUUAUCGGAGAAAAACAACAAGUUCAUGUUGUAAGCCGAAAUGUUAAUAAAACAACUUAUUAAUUCUG